AGGAUGUCUUCACCUAAUCUCACUGCAUCUCCCCCAAAACAUGUCCCAGAUAGUGAGGAGACAAAGCCCGAAGACACUGAAGACAGUGAAACAUGUGAUGUCCAAGAACCCGAAGAGCAAAAUUUCACAUUCCCGACACCCAUUAACCACAUUGAUGAAGUGUGGUCAAAUAUCUACGUGGGAGACAAGUAAGUAAAAGUACACAACACACUGCACACUGACCUACAAGAGGAUGAUAAAAUGUGACAAGCAAUAUAAUAAGUUUGUUGUACUUACAGCAGCAAGUUAACAUUUCUAGAUUGUAGCAGUCUUCAGUAUAAAAUUCUUUUAACUAAGGUUCAGGACGUGGGUUACUACGAUUCAAUGCAAAUUCCCUUUUCCUUAAUAUUAAGGUUUAGUAUAUAGGCUAUUCAAUAUGAAUAUUCUGGCUUACCUUGGUUAGGCAAUAUUUUCCUUUUCUCAUACAGACAUAUAACCAGAGGGGCAUCUGAGUUGUAAUAAACUAAUUUCAGUAGGUAUUUGCUUACUUUACAUCUUUUACAAAAAGAGUGCUGGAAGAACAUGUUUAUUAAGAUAUUUAGGGCAAUUUUGAGUAUUUUACAGAUACAUUUAGAUUAUUUAGUUGAAUGGGUUGUUAUGUUCCUGGAACAGGGAAUGGGUUGCAACUGGAUGAAACCCUGCUAUUCCCUUAAUUAUGCUAAUUUACUAAUAUCUCCAGAACAUGAAUAUGAGAUAAGUGUUUCAAUGUCAGCUGUGUUGUAUUACGUCUUUAGUUAUAAUUUAAUUAAAAAUUAAAAUUUCUCAAUGUACAGAGAAGCAGCCAAAGACACAGCCCUCCUACAAGACCUAAACAUUACUCAUAUUUUGAAUGCCGCUGAAGGUGAUGUGAAUAACCAAGUGGACAGCACAACAUACGAUGAUCUAUCCAUCAGAUACAAAGGCUUUAUGAUUCUUAAUGAACCACGCUUUAACAUCAGGCCCUACCUAGAAGAUGGUGCCCUGUUCAUAAAUGAAGGAUUGUCCUCUGGUGGUAGGUAAUCAUGUCUGGUAGAAAAAAUAUAAACAGCAAGACUUCCCAGUCCACCACAGAUUUAGCAGAGAUUUGGCAUUAUUCACACAUAGGGCUUUAUUUUACUUACUGUCUGUGAUAUGGAUUCUCACAAAAACAAAACAAAAAGAAAGAACAAUUAAAUAACUUAUGGGUCUGGUGCACAGUAGGUAUAAAGACUCCAGGUAUAUAUUUCUUAGAGAAACCUUGCAGCAAACCCAUUUACCGCUAAAAUUAUUAUUAAUUUUCUCGCAUGUAGUCAGCAGACAAACAACAAAAAAUGUAUGAAAAGGAAAUAGAUGAAGUAUUUGUAAACAAAUGAGAAAAACCUGUUCCUACCUUUAGUGUAUGACAGGAUCCUUCAACUUUAUACAUGCACCUUGGGUCAGACAGUGAAAGCCAACAGUUGAAGGAUUUAGAUAGACUGGGGGACUGGGCACUCAAAUGGCAGAUGAAAUUUAAUGUUGAAAAAUGCAAAGUUAUGCACUUCGGCGUAAAGAAUACACAAGCAAUGGAAAAGGACUUUGGGAAUUGUUAUAGACAACAAACUAUGCAACAAUGUGCAAUGUCAAUCAGCAGUGGCCAAGGCCAGUAAGGUAUUGUCAUGCAUGAAAAAGGGCAUUCAUUCUCGGGACAAGAAUAUAAUUUUGCCUCUUUAUAAAUCACUGGUAAGACCCCAUAUUGAAUAUGCUGUGCAAUUUGGGGCACCUGUUCUAAAGAAGGAUAUUAUGGCACUAGAAAAAGUGCAGAGGCGGGCUACAAAAUUAAUAAAAGGAAUGGAACAUAUCGGCUAUGAAGAAAGGUUAACAAAUUUAAACCUAUUUGGUUUAGAAAAACGUCGCCUGAGAGGGGAUAUGAUAACAUUAUACAAAUAUAUUCGGGGCCAAUACAAACCAUUGUGUGGAAAUCUAUUCACAAACCGGACUUUACAUAGGACACGAGGCCAUGCAUUUAGACAGGAAGAAAGAAGAUUUCGUCUAAGGCAAAGGAAAGGUUUUUUUACUGUAAGAACAAUCAGGAUGUGAAAUUCUCUGCCUGAAGAAGUGGUUUUAUCAGAGUCCAUACAGAUGUUCAAACGGCUACUAAAUGCAUACUUGCAAGAACAGAAUAUUCAAGGAUAUAAUCUUUCAAUGUAGGGUAAUAACUGCUUGAUCCAAGGACAAAUCUGACUGCCAUUCUGGGGUCAAGAAGGAAUUUUUUUCCUAGCUUGUUGCAAAAUUGUGCUUCAAACUGGUUUUUUUUGCCUUCUUUUGGAUCAACAGCAAAAAACAAAUGUGAGGUAGGCUGAACUUGAUGGACGCAAGUCUCUUUUCAGCUAUGUAACUAUGUAACUAUGUAACAGUUAGUCUCUAUGGUCUUCCCUGAUUCUAUGCAGGGAGUGAAGCAGAGAAGACCAUAGAGACUAACUCAGUGUUAUUCACAAAAGUGAGAAUUAUAAGGAAUUCAACGUGAAUUUCAAAUUUCAUGCCAAAAUAGUCAAACUGAACACAGAGUUGAAUUGGAGAAUUUUUCCAAUUUUAACAUAUUUGCCUAACUUUUGAAAUUCACUUUGAAUUCAUGAAUUCAAUAACCCUGUAAAGGUCGACUUUCAAACACUGUCUGACCAAACCUGCAUGUAUAUGGCUGCAGGAUCCUGACAUAUUCUACAGAUAUGGAUGGGUUUUUUCCUAAUUUUAAUUACACAUACUUUAUUAAAAAAUCUAUCUAGUUUUCAGUUUAAACUUGCUAAAAAGGAUCAUCAUAUUACAAAACAGUUUUGAGGUGACAGUUGGCCUUAAAAUGAGGGGAUCUUGUCUCUCAUGAACAUAUGGGGUUGGGAUGCAAUAAAAUCAUCGCAAAAAAAAUAAACCCACGUAAAUCAAAAACAUUUUUUUUUUAAUGUAAUGUUAAUAUUACUGACAAUUCUUGUUCUUUGCAGGCAAAAUUCUGGUUUUCUGUCCAAAAGGUGUCAGCCGAGCAGUAGUUUUUGUACUUGCUUACUUGAUGUUGCACCAGAACAUGAAGCUCAAAGAUGCCGUCAGUACAAUUAUCCUUCAUCGUACUAUUAGUCCUAACUGUGGCUUCUUGAAUCAGCUCCUUCAACUAGAAAAGGAGCUUGCUCGUCAGAGGACCUGUCAAAAUGCCUCAUGUAGAGAAGGAAAUUGCUCACCAGAGUGCCCGUCAAAACGCCUUACGUAG